GUUAAAAGUUUUCUCGAUAAUAUCAUGGAAGAAUUUUAUUUUGUGUUGCUAGAAUUUUGCUAUAAAAUGAGCGUUCUCUUGUCGUGGUUCACUCGGUCAUUGUUAUCAUUUUAACACGUGUAUUACCAUUUCGCUUCUCGGAGCGCCAGCAAAAUUAUAUGAUAGAAGCAGUCCAGACUGGGCACCCACUCAGAAAAUGGGCUAUGUUUUGUCCAAGGUCAGACUUGAUUCUUCGGCAGCCAAACCAGAUAGAACGCGAUAUCUGGGUACUCGAUGGUCGGUAGAAGCGUCUUCAGAAAAGUCUGACUUUUUUCAAUAAUAUGGGUCAAAACCACACACAUCUAUCUUCUCUUUGUAUCAAAUAUUCACUCGACCGUUCAAAUCAUGGUAAUCCUGAGAAAUUCAGCAUUGUUUACAGACACGCUUUCAGCGGCUGCCAUCCUGGUUGCUUUGUAUAUCCACCACCAUGGCGGAUGCUUGUGACGUAGCAUAUUUUGAUCACGUGGUUGCAAGUCAUCUAUUAGCUUAUCAUACAUGUAUUACGUCACUCUACCCAGUGGAGAAUGAGCAUUGAAUAUGGUUUAAUGUUGCAUGGUUGUCAAGACAACAUGACGUCACACAUCAGAGCCGAUGCAAAUAUUCAGUGAGAGUUUUCUGCUGCGCAUGUGCAGAAGCAUUUCUUUAUUCGCCAGGAAAGAGAAAGACGCGCUGAGUACCCAAAAGGCUACCAGAACUUCAUUAUAUAUUCUUCACGCAUAUGUACAAGAGAAAAACAUGCCAACGGACAAUGAGAAUCUGGAAAAGAGACGCGUCGGAGAUGUAAAACUUCCGCGCUAGUGACUGACUGACAGUUUGUAAACAAACAUGGCCACCAAGUUCGCUUCAUUAAAGACCGAAGAUUUUGAGAGAAUUUUGGAAGAGAAAGACGCGUUGAACACCCAAAAGGAAGUAUGUAUAAUAAUAAUAUCAGCUGGCUUUUUUUUUUUGUGGUAUAUCAGAUAUAUUCCAUUCGGCUAGCGUGAUAUCGAACGAGUCGAAGAUAGACCACUCAACGCCAGCCAAUAUUAUUGAAAUAUGUCAGUCAGGUCUGUGAUGCAUUUCGUCUGAAAAAUACAGGUUUUUUUCAACACGGGAAGAUAAACUUCAUGUCUUCAAGCCAACGUGCGAUUUUUUUUAUUAUUAUUUUUUUAUUAUUAUUAUUAUUAUUAUAUAGACACAUUCCCAGACAAAAAGUACCCAAUUUUAUCAGAACAAUUUAUCAAUUUCCUCACAAGUGACAUUGAAAAAUGUCCUGGAUGUAGUUCAUAUAAAAAAAAAAUACAGCUGGUGUAUUUCCCAGUAAAACAAACACACGCGCACACGUGUGUAUUUAUUUAUUUAUUUAUUAUUAUUAUUAUUAUUUAUUUAUUUUUAAUCCACCUUUUGGUGAAGUAGCUUCAUUUCAUACUGGGUUUUUUUGUUUGUUUGUUUUGUUUUUUUAAUGACAUGUCCCCUGGGACCUCAGAUCGGGCCUUGACAACAAGAACAGCAAAACAUUGUCUCCCUAUAGAAAAAGCAGUACUGUUAGUUAUUAGGGAUCGACCAAUGUUUUUUUCAGGGCCGAUACCUAUUAUUAUGGAAUUGGGAUGCCGAUAACCGAUAUGUGCAACCGAUAAAUGUAAACAUUAUAAUUCACCUGAAAUUAAACAUAGCACACACUGACACAGACCUUCAUAUCCAUGAAAUGUAUGUUUAAUUGUAAAAUUGAACAUGAAAUUUUGUGCAGGGAGAUGCCAGCAGCAUUUGUACAAUAAAGUCAAACAUUAGUUAGAAUAAAAUGAGAAAUAAAAUAAUAAUAAAAUAAAUAUUCACCAAUAAAAAAAUAAAUCGCUCCCUACUAUAUUACAGCUCACCAUUUUCAGUGGAAAAUAAAUGAAAAUACACUCUGGAUUCUUUUACACUAAGAACUAAGUAAGACUUACCAACUUCAAAUAGUUUUUAAAUAACAAAUCAAGUGUAGGGAGCUGCCUGCAGCAUUUUUUAAAAAGUAAAAUCAAACAUAAAGUAGGCUCUCACUCCCUAUUAUGUAACAACUUAACAAGUAACCAUCUACAUUCUAAUGCUUUUAAUGCCCGAGCCUAAUAUUCCCAAUUUAGGAGGAUUGUAUUGUAGUGAAGGAAGCAUCACAUGUAGUUUCAGCGAGACUAGUUGGUUGUAGGCUAAUUCAAGUGCUUCCUUCCGUAAGCUAAGUUUGCCUGGCUACACAGAUGCAAAUGGACAAUUUUAACGAGUAGUAGAUGAAGAGUGUAAACAUAUAAUGAUGUUGUGCUUUUGCAACUUGUGUGUUUGUGACUUAUUGCGGCAAAAGCAGCAUGUCCUUACCUUGAAGUGGGAUCUGCUUCUGCCCGAGUGCCCAUACGGCCGCCUUGAAACAGUUCACAGCGUUUAGCUAUGCGUGUUGAUUGGCUGUAUCCCUUGUGCCGCUUCUGCCCGAGUGCCCGUACGGCCGCCUUGAAACAGUUCACAGCGUUUAGCUACACGUGCCGAUUGGCUAUAUCUCUUGUGCCAAACAAAUCAGAUGUUGUGGUGGGCGGGACCGUGUUCUUGGACUCAGAGAGGCGAGUGCAGGAAAGGACGUGCAGUGACAGUCGCGUUAGGAACGAAAUGGCUGCAAAAAGGCAUGUUAUUGGCAUAUCGGUGCAAAUUAUGGCUGAUACCGAUAACCCUAAAAAUGCAGAAUAUCGGCCCGAUAUAUCGGCCAGGCCGAUUAUCGGUCGACCCCUAUUAGUUAUAGUGUGUAUGACUAUGUUAAAUAUAUAAAACAUACAAAUGAUCAGAUUUUUAAAAAAAAGAGAAAAAUUCCAGAAUUUAUGGAGUCUUGGACAAUAGAAAAACAUGCGGCUGAGGUUGCAAGAGGAACUGUGGGAUAUAUCACAUUGGUCUGCAAUAUUUGGAUAGAUGACCGAGAUUUUGAAAAGUUAACUCUGUGCAAUAGCUUGAAUUGUAGAAGUUGUAGCCUUGCACAAGGUGUACAUGAACGUAUUACGCGCACAGCUUCAUCCCACUGCUGACCUGUUCCAUCUACCCCAGCUCCUACUCCCAAGCAGUUCUAGUUUUACCAACAGAAUGAGUGUCAAAAGACAUGAGUUGUUCAUAUAUCUUGGAUGCGAGUGAUUUCUGAUGGGAUUUUAGGGUCAGAAUGGAGGGAAAUACAGAGGAGGCGCAGGGCCUAACUUGAAUGCAGCAGCACAAGUGGGAUCUCAGCAAAUUAAAGUCUGAUAGAUCUGAAAUUGUCAUUUUUAAUAUUUGGAUGCACUGCCUUUGCAGUCAAAGGCUUUCUGGAGUCUGGAACCCAUAGACAUUACCAGAUGCUGGGUUUCUUCCCUGGUCAUGCUCUGCCAGGUCUUUACUGCAUCCGUCUUCAGUUCCUGCUUGUUCUUGGGGCGUGUUGCUGUCAGCAAUUGAAAUACAUGUGUAAUUUGAGUCAUGUCAGGGACUGAUUUUGACCAUUGUACAGCAUUCCACUACUUCACCUUGGACUGCUUUCAAAGUUUGCUUUGGGUCCUUGUUCAUUUCCAGUGUGAAGUGCCAUCCAGGGAGUUCUUGAGCAUUUGGCUGACUUUGAGCAGAUAAUAUAGCCCUAAACGCUUCAGAAUUCAUCUUUCUGCUUUUGUCAGCAGUAUCAUCAAUAAACGGAAAGGAAGCAGUUCUAUCGGCAGCCAUACUGUCCACACCAUAAGAUGUGAUGGUACGCUUUGGAUCAUGAGCAGUUUCUUCCCUUCUUCACACUCCUCACUUCUCAUCAUUCAGGGAAGAUAUGUAUGCACAAGAUUCAAUUGAGCUACUGACUACAUCAGGUAUCCAGUUCAAAAAGCAUGAAGAAGAAGGCAUCGAGACACUAUAUUUUGCGGAGCUCCUCAUGACUUCAGGUGUGGUGCUCUGCGAAGGGGUCAAGUGGCUGUCGUUCCAUAGCGGCUACGACUUUGGAUACUUGAUCAAAAUCUUGUCCAACUCCAAGCUGCCAGAGGAAGAAGUUGACUUCUUUGAAAUUCUUCGUUUAUUUUUCCCCAUUAUCUAUGAUGUGAAAUACCUCAUGAAGAGCUGUAAAAACCUAAAGGGUGGCCUGCAGGAGGUAGCUGAGCAGCUGGAGCUGGAGAGGAUUGGGCCUCAGCAUCAGGCAGGCUCAGACUCUCUCCUCACAGGAAUGGCAUUCUUUAAGAUGAGAGAGAUGUUUUUUGAGGAUCAUAUUGAUGAUGCUAAGUACUGUGGUCAUUUAUACGGACUGGGCUCCGGUUCAUCCUACGUCCAGAAUGGCACCGGCAACGCCUAUGAAGAGGAGGCCAACAAGCAGCAGUCAUGACACAACAAGAACCAGUUCACGAUAAAGAACUUCACCUGCAGGGCUUAAAACUUGGGUUUUUUAGUUUUUCAUGAGACAUUCAAUAGGAAUUUGCACUUUAAAGCUCGAACGAGACUCUUGGUUUUAGAUGAAAAGCUAAAAAACUUCCUCCACUUUGUUGCCUUCUCUGUUAACCUUUUGUCACAACACAUUCCUCUUUUAUCAUAAGAGACAAGGAAAAAAAAUGGGUGUUUUAUUUUCCCCCUGCAAAGCUCAGCCUUAAGCUACAUUUUAUUUUUUUAAAUCAUUAAUUUAUUGCAUACUUUCACAUGCUUUAAGUGGCACACAGACUAUUUCAACAACAACAAAAAAACAACAGUACGCCAGUUACCUACACGUACAGUUGUUCCCUGAUCCAAGGAGUACCAUGUCGAUAUCACAACCUGCAGUAGCUUGAGACAGAAGGAGCGAGAGACAGUCACACAGUGGAAGAUCCUGGCACUUAAUGGCACGAGUGAAGCCUUGCACUGAUUUUACUUUUAUGUUGGGCUAACAUAGGUUUUACCACAAAAUAGGAGUGAUGCAUAACUGCCACUACUUGAUUGAACGGAGGUCACCUCUUCUGUAUCAAGACUGUCUUCAUUUCAUUUUAAAAAGUGACUUAAAGGUUUUGUAGUAUUUUAGUAUAAAAUCAAAGCCUUUUAUUCAUUGUGCUUCUUAAAAAAAUCUUAGCCAACUCGAGUACUCGGUCAGUGGAAUUGGAUUUACCUGUAGAACUGGUUUUUCAUUCAUGCCCGUUUUGUGCUGUUUGGGUUUUGUUUUGUGUUUACGGUUGUAGAUCAGCUGCAUGUACUGAUAGCGUUUGAAUAAAUGCUGCGUUGAGUCAUGGUCUGAGCUUUUACAGAGGUGUGUGAACUGCAUGGACACUGCUUUUCUUUCUGUUGAACGUCACCUGGCCAGUUUUCUUCACCAAUGUGUAGAAUGUUCAUGUUGAGAAUAUGCAAUAACAAAGGUGACUGUUUUUAGAGCUUUUGUAAAUAAAGGCCAGAUUUUCUAUCCGCUGCAAA